UAAUAUAUAACGCUCGUAAUACAACACGUUCGAUUUUUCUAUCGUAAACAUUCAUCAAAUACUUUCGUAAAUUAUACGAUCGAGUAGGAACAAAAAAUGCUCGAUCAUAAUAAACACCAGUUUGCUCGCGCUGUUUAGAACAUUGUAUCGGAUCAACGAUACACCACGAACGUUUAUUAGUCGUACCCUUGACGAUUUUGACUUAUCGCACGUGUCGGAACGGCAGUCGUGUUUCGACGUUCGAAUCGAUAAGACGAAAGUGACAUGUUGCUUUAAUGAAUCACUUAUAUAAGGGAAUAAGUACCGCGUGGAUAAUCUUCGUAACAAGUACGACGUAACCUUAUUACAGUGAAGUGCAUAGUGCAAUGUACAGAGUGAUCCUCUUCGGUUGGAUUGUUUUUAUCGACGUAUCGUCUCGACACUACUAGCUCGACAUUCACAAGACAUCAUGCUGCAGAGUGGUCCAUGUCCGUCGAAGGAGAAGAAGUGGGUCGGUCAACCUCGAGGCUAUAGGCCAGCCCGAGUUUCGUGCAGGAAGAUCGGUCGUUAGAGAAAACCGUGUUGACGAGCGAGAAAGAUCGACGAGUGGCGAAGAAAGCAACGAGCAUGGACCAACGAGAGGUGACUCAUCCGCGCGUUUCUCAAUGGACAGAGUCACUCUGACCGAACAGAUCUAGGAGAAAGUGGCGGCACGAGCGCAAAGUCGAGGCGAGGAAACGCGUGAAACGGAGAGGUUCGAUCGGAACUCGAGAUUGCGGAGAGGAGUCAGGAAAAUCCUUUCGAUUCGAACGUACAGGUUGAAGGUUACAGUCGAGUCGAGCAGUGUAAGUCGUAUCACGAUAGAACGCGAGGAAUAUCGUGAAAGUGUUGGAAAGCGAAAUUUAGAAAAGAAGAAUCUCGAAGAGCGAACGAGGUUGAAGAAGAUCGAUCGCGCAAGGCGGAUGAUCUGCGUGGUUGGAUUUGAAAUCGUGCGAAGGAUAAUUUGCAUGAGACGAUAAUAGGAAGAGACACGAAGAAGAAGAAUAAAAGAAAGCGAAGAUGAGUAGAAGAACUAUGCCACUGGUUGGACUGAAUUCUUGCGAGAGGAUAAGACCGGAAAGACUUAGGAAUCCUAUUCAAAGACUCGUGUGGGGUCCUGGUACUCAGUUUCUAGUUGGUCAAGUCGGUUUGCCCGAGGACGAGGGAUCGAAUCCACGAAUGGCUCUGAGAAGGCUCCUUAGAUUGUACGAGGGAAGACAAUACAGAGAAGCAGCCGCUUUUCUCAUGAAACUGCCACACUAUACCUUGAGGACGACUCUGCCGGACAUUCCCGUGGACCUGUUGAUCGAAACGCUUCCUCAUAGCCUGUCCCUGCUGGAGGCUCUCUACUCGAGGCUCGUCGAGUUGAACGUGAACGACGCGAAAAUCUUGAAAGUGGAGCAAGUCCUUUGGAGGAUCGUCUAUCUGAUCUCGAUCAGCCAGGAUCAUUUCCGUCUGAGGAUCUGGUGCAAGCUGCUGAUCUCCCUGAACAAAUUGGCUCCUAACGCGAGGAGCAUCCUGGCCGCUAGGAAAAGGACUUUGGACAGGGCGGUGGAAGGUUUGGGCAAGCACGGAUUGGUGGCAUCCUGUCAUCCAAGCAAUUUGGAGAACGCCGGGGCCUCGAAUCUGGUGCCUUUACCCGUGGCGCUGAAGGAGCAGCUGGAGAGCAGAAUCGAGGCGUACAAGUUGGCCGUGCACAAGAUCGAGAGCUUCGGCAAGCACGCGAGAACUCACAGAGCGGACCAAGGUGUACAGGCGGCGUCGCAUCAGAGGCAACUUUCGCUCAAGUACAGCGAGAUUCAGCAGAGGUUGAUCGAUAAUCAGAGUUUGUUGAACACGUUGGAGAAAGCAGGCGACCCAAGUAGCUUAGAAAGUCUGUUAUCCGAGUUGAAGCGAAGGGUCGAACAGGACAAGGAAGCUCUCAGACAAUGGACAGCCUUGAGGAAAUCCACUUUCGGCGGGAAUACGAAGAAUCCACCGCUAGCCGCCAGAUUGCUGCAAUUCUCCAGAGGCUGCGAGCUAGCACUACAAUUGAUGAACCAGGAUAAUCUACGAGUAUUCGAGCUGAGCGAAAAUUUGCCGGACGACUACGACGAGGAAUCCAGCAGCAGCGCUGGUUAUCACACGGACGAGAGCUGCAGCCCGACUCCGGAACCAUCGGUCAGAAACGGAUGCACGAUUCUCAGGGUGGAGGAGACUUUUCCAAAUUUAACAUUCGACGACGCGACCGCCGAACGACUGGCCGAAAGAUACGCGGCUCUCUACGACCAGGCGCAUUUGCAUACGUUGGACGCUCUGGACGCUCUGCAACCUCUGAAGGACGCAACCGACUUAAAAGCCAAGAUACUCUAUUCGGUGGUCGUGCUCUCCUGGCGGCUGGCGGGCAUAAUUCAGACGUCGAGGUAUCUGCAAGCGAUGAAAAUUCUGAACGGUACCGCGGCCACGGAACAGGCAACGCCGCAGUUGGAAGAAUGCGUGAAGCGACAGCUGGCGACUUCCGGUGCACGAACCGGUUCCCGCGAGGUCGCGGAACAGGUGGUCAACCAGCUGGAAAGAACUCUGUACGACUUUCCGUGUCUACGGGGAUGCGUAGAGGUGAAGAACUACGCCGAUGCUUGUUCCAGUUUGGCCUGGGCCUGUCUGGCGCGUGUCACGCCUUUGGUCCUCGACGUGGCUCAAGCUUUGGAAUUCAGACGAGAGAUUCAUCUGAGGCAUCACGCCUCUCCGGAUCCGAAUGGUACGAGAAUUAAGACAGUUUUGUGGCCCGGUUUGAGGGAAGGCUGUCAAGGACCCUGCCUUCACAAGGCGGUCGUUCUUACUUCUUAACAUUAACACGUUUUUACCAGUAUGUCGAUUUCGGCUGACUUUUCCAGUCACGCGAAUCGCCUUACUUUAAAUCGAGAUAUACGUAAAAUACGUAAGUAUACUGGCCAUAAGUAUUACGUACUUAUUACAAUUAUUAUGCAAAACUUUAACGAAUUUUAUUUUAUUCGAUAUUUUAUAUUAUAAAGCAUAAAGUAUGAUGAUAAAGAAUGAAUUAUUUAUAAUGAAAGAGCGGAAGGCAUUCGAUCUAAGGUACCCAAUAUCGCCAAGUGUCAAAAUACUUACGCCCAUUAAGAAGUCUAACUUCUGCUGUGAGACACAUGCGGUUGCGACUAGAUGGUUAUGCAAAUGCGAUAUUGUUACUUAUGUGUGAUAAAUAUCAACUGGAUUGCAUGACUAGAUCGCGUAUUAAUCCAUUGAAAACCAGGUACAGUGAAAUAGUACACGGUAUAUAGAAGUUGAAGAACAAAAUAAAUACGAAGUAACUACGUUCAAGAUGCAGAAAAUGUAAUGUCCAAAUUAACGUUAAAAAAAGACAGAAGAAAGGUGCAAAUGCGAUACUAUGGUCAAUUAUCAUUGUCACCUUUAUAUAAAGUGGUCUCAAAAUGUAUCCGCACACCGUUCUAUAUAUCGUAACAUUUAUCUAUGUAGUAAAAUUCAUUGAGUUCAAGUGUAUUAUAUCGUAUUAACGUUGGUUCUUAAUGGAUUACAGUAUGUUAGGCAUAUAGCGUCGUAUAAGCAACGUCCUUUGAGAUACGUGCGGUUAAGGAAUUCUCGCUGGGAAAUUCAAUUGAAAACGCGUAAACUUCUACGAUGCUGCUUCGAAUCGAAAGAAAAAGAAGUUGAUUUUUAAGUGGAAAGAUAAAGUAAAAUAUGAUAAAUAGAUAAACGGAUAGAAUCAGAAAGUAAGUUAGAGUCGUGGAGAUCAUGAAGAGGAAAUGCAGACGAUGUGGAGUGGGAUGUACGCCACUGGCUGCUCCAAUUUCCACGCGUGCCUCGUCGCAGUCUUGAAUUUCCCAAGGGGAACUGGAAUUACAUUUAUACUCCGUCUUAUGUAACAGAAACGCGUCGCACUCUUUACCCUCUAGCGAGAUAGGGUUUUAGCGUUAGCGGCGUGAUGAGAUUCUUUAAUGCCACACGAUCUCGCGCACGGUGCUCUCGUUGCUAAACAAGUCACAGUUGUUUGCACGAUCGAAGAUUCUUCGCGGGGAUUUUGCAAAUAGAAACGAAUACCAAUUACUUACGCGCGUUUUGAUCUUUUUAACGCUAUUCGAUCUAUUAGAGACGAAUGAUUUAUUAAAGAUAUUGCAAACCCAAUAUUUCAUUUGCGAUUUCCUUUUAGUCCGUUCACAUUAAUAAAGUCACAUUAAUCUUUCACAUUGUAAUUAUAAAAAAGAAUUUACUUAAUAUCUUUUUCGUUACUAUUUCUUCUUUUAUCUAGAUUCCGCGAUUAUACGCGUUUUAAAGAAAUUGAACUACUAUAUAGCAUUAUGAUAAAUUAGUUUUUCUUUUUGUGCCUUCGAUUUGCGUAAUAGCGUCUGUAAUGUAUAUAUUAUUCUAAUACGUUGUUUGUACCUUGAUAAAAACAAUAACUUACUUUAUAUUACGUUACUUACGGUUUCUAAUAAAUUGUUAAUUAACGUUGUAUUUAC